AUGUAUCAGCGAGUAGGAACAGAGAACUGGCAAUUCAAAUCUCUUCACAAAUGGACAACAAUCGCACUAGCUAUAUAUUGGACCCUUACAUACAGUGUGUUUCUUUGGAUUAAUCUAAACUCAUUGGCUUUGGUGCCAUUAAUGCGUGUUCUUUUCACGCAUUCCGUGGUGAAUGUCGUACUAGUACAGUUUAUUGUAUUUAACAUGGUGGUGAGAAGUUGGUUUGGACAACUGAAUAUGUAUUUACUUCAGUGCUUUAGCAUGUGUACAGAAGACGACCUCAAUGUCAGAGUUACUGAGGCACUACAAUCUUCCUCAGUAAAGAAAGAUACACAACAUGAUACCCAUGUGACUAUCAGGCAAAUCCAUGUACAUGAAAUGCCAACAGUUCCUAAAGCUGAAAUACUUUCAAUUAGACCACAUCAGAAUACGUCAAAUUGCGUCGAAAUACUACUUACGCGAAAUAGUUGCACGCUUCUGAGAAAGCUACGGGCAGUGUACAGCCUCCUGUACCAAGCUGUAACAAUGGUAAAUAGUGCUUAUGGUAUACAAAAUCUGAUUGUAAUAACCUCCUGUCUUAUGAGUAUUGUCGUGUACAUGUACGCAAUUACAUUUAACUUGUUCAGUUCAAACAAUGGUCUGUAUGGAGACAGAACACACACUAUAGUUAGAAUUUCACUAUGGACUGGCCUGCUGGUUUGGAGGAUCAUCGGCAUAUGCUACAGCAGCGAGGUGGUUAUUCGGGAGGCCAACCAUACACAGCGGCUGGUCACCAAACUUCAGAUGCUGUCGCUGCCUGCUAGCUGUGGUGUUCAGGAAGAGCUGCAGCUGUUUGGGGAACAGCUGGCAUGCAGUCCACCCCACUACAGCGCAUCUGGAUUCUUCACUCUGGAUUUGACAUUGCUGAAAAGCAUUGUGGCGGCCGUGACGACCUAUAGCGUCAUUCUCAUUCAGUUCUCUCAUAGUGAUACAAAUAUGCAGUUAAGAUAG